CACCAUGCAGGCUAUGCUGUGACGUAGUCAUAAAUUGUGCGGAAGUGUGGGCGGAGCAAAGCAGACUAUAUGGCAAAAUGGCGGCGAGCAUGAAGAACGUGGAAGAAAUUCGGAAUCGAGUAAUACUGGGGGAAUUUGGUGUGAAGAAUGUUCAUACAUCAGAUUUCCCUGGAAACUACCCCGGCUAUGAUGACGCGUGGGAUAUGCAGAAAUUUCAAAAGAAUUUCCGAAUUGACAUAGUGCAUCUGGAUGAGAACAGUAUGGAGUUUGACAUGGUGGGGAUAGAUGCAGCCAUCGCCAACGCCGUCAGAAGAAUCUUACUAGCAGAGGUGCCUACCAUGGCUAUAGAGAAGGUCUUUAUCUAUAACAACACGUCCAUCGUCCAGGAUGAAGUCCUGGCCCACAGAUUGGGCCUCAUCCCCAUAAAAGCUGACCCUCGCCUGUUUGAGUACAGGAACACUGGUGAAGAGUCUGCAGAGGAAGAAGGUUCAGAAAUAGACACGAUUCAACUGCAGCUGAAGAUUAAAUGCAGCAGGAACCCCAGAGCCAGCAAAGACUCCUCUGACCCACAAGAGCUGUAUCUGAACCACAUGGUUUAUUCCAGGGACAUAAAGUGGGUCCCCAUUGGGAACCAGGCAGACGUGUUUGCAGACUCCAUCAUCGGACCAGUACACGACGACAUCCUGAUAGCUCAGCUACGGCCAGGACAGGAGCUGGACAUUAUCAUGCACUGUGUCAAAGGAAUUGGUAAGGACCAUGCUAAGUUCUCUCCAGUGGCCACGGCCAGCUACCGCCUCCUCCCAGAGAUCACCCUGCUGGAGCCGGUGGAGGGAGAGAAGGCGGAGCGCUUAAAACGCUGCUUCUCACGAGGAGUUAUUGACCUGGAAGAUGUUAACGGGGAAAAGGUUGCAAAAGUAGUCAACAGUCGCCUGGACACAUGCAGCAGGGAAGUCCUCCGACACGAUGACCUGAAGAAUGUGGUCAAACUGGGACGGCUGCGAGACCAUUUCAUCUUUACUGUGGAGUCGACUGGCAUCCUGCCUCCAGAUGUCCUGGUCACAGAGGCCAUCAAAGUCCUCAUGGCCAAGUGUCAGAGGUUUCUCGGUGAACUGGACUCUACUGACAUGGAGUGACAUACUGACUGAGCACGCACAGAGCCACCGCCGAGGAUCUGACGUUGAAAUAUGCCCCAGCCUAUCCGGACUUCAGGUGUUAAUAUGGAUCUGUUGAAACUUGGCUGUAGUGAUAAAACCUAUAAGGAAUUUUCAAAAAGCAGGUUUCGUUAUGGUUGGUAGACUUGCUUGUAAGUAUGUAUAUACUGCUGUCUCUAGUAUUUUGUAAACCGUUCUUGAGCUCAGUUUUCCUUAAAUAAAUAUGCUGAAGUUCAUAAAAACAUCUCCAACAAUG